AUGUAUUCACCUCGAAGAAAGCCAGUACUAAAGAGCUCUUUCGACAUCCCGGCAAGCCCAAAUAGAUACAGUUAUAGCAAACUUACUCGAAAGCGAUGCUCACCUAGUCCAAAGCGCUUAACUUUAAUGACGACGGCUAGAACACAACUAGACAACAAUGACAUGUCCUUGGACGAAUACGUAGAGUCCAAGAGAAAGAGAGCAAAGCUAGCACAACCUGCUUCUAGACAACAGCAGUCAACAGUGUCCAAUAUACCUUCACACCCAUCUGUAAAUACAAGCAAAUCACCUAUAAAUUUAACAUCAUCAUCUAAGAGACGGCCCACACAUCCUCCUCCUACUGCUGCGAAAACCAAUCGCACGUCCCUCAUCACAAAACCAACUCUAUCUUAUACUAGCAUGCAGACAUUUACCGAGAUCAAACCGUCUACAUCCUCUUCCAAAAUCACAGUGUGCGUUCGAAAAAGACCAUUAAACAAAUACGAGGUAUCGACAAACCAACCAGAUGUUACUGAAUUAACCAGCUCAAACACAAUUGAAAUUCAUGCACCCAAACAAAAAGUGGAUCUUACUAAUUAUACAGUGCAACAUGCAUUCACCUUUGACCAUGUGUUUGAUUGUCAUACGUCACAUCAGACUCUCUACCAGCAGACAACACUUCCAUUAGUAGAGCACAUGUUUCAAGGCGGAAAAGCAACCUGUUUUGCCUACGGCCAGACUGGGUCUGGUAAAACGUUCACCAUGCUGGACCCUCAACAUGGACUGUACUUUAAAGCGAUUCAUCACAUAUUCGAGCUGCUCAAGGACCAUCACUACGCCGGAUUGCAGACAUGGGUUGGUUAUUACGAAGUCUAUCAGGGACAACUUUUGGAUCUACUCAACAACCGCAAGAAACUGAUACCUCGAGAAGACGGCAAAGGCAAUAUUGUGAUUGCGGGACUAAAGGAGCAUCGAAUUCAUUCUUUAUCCACCCUUAAACAAGUGUUUGAAUUUGGUAACCGAGAACGCAGCACCUCUAAAACGCAGACAAAUGACAAUUCAUCUCGCUCGCAUGCUGUUUUGCAAAUCCUACUUAAAAAUCGAAAUUCAGCCAUUCAUGGUAAAAUGAACUUUAUCGAUUUGGCAGGCAGUGAAAGAGGAUCUGACCGAGGGCGUAACACAGACACGAAAACAAGGUUGGAGGGAGCAGAAAUUAAUAGAAGCUUAUUAGCACUCAAGGAAUGCAUUCGUGCUCUGGACCAGGAUAAAGGGCAUGCAUCAUUUCGUGGUAGUAAACUGACGAUGGUGCUUAGAGACUCGUUUGUGGGCAACUCAAAGACAUGCAUGAUUGCGACAAUAUCGCCAAAUCAGUCCAACAGCGAUCAUACAUUGAAUACACUGAGAUAUGCAAACAGAGUCAAGGAGUUAAGGGGUGAAUCUGAUCCAAGGUUAUUAUUGCACAAUACGCAUUUGCAGCCGCCUACAGUAACAGUUUCCAAAUCAACUACGACCACACCAACUAUUAUUAGUAACGACAUCCACAAGACGCAUGAGCAGCAACCACCACCACCACCACCACCACUGACACCAGCAACUCAACAGGAUCUAUACGAUAAUUUCACUAUUGGUCAUGUUAAGGGUUUCAUCCGUCACCACAAAACACAAGUCGAGGCAAUGGAAGCGUAUUUAAGGGGCUCUACUGAGCUAUUGAACCACUUUGAAACGAAUCUCAAACACCCGCUGUCCAGACACAGCAUGGCAUCGAAGCGCACCAAGUAUAAAAACGAGUUGAUUGCGAAGAGCGAUCAGGCUUUGCAUUGUAUUGAAGGUCUCAAGGCAAAGAUCCGAGAAGAGCUUGAAGAUGAGGAAAUCCCAUAG